GGCGUCUAGUCUUAGACGCGUCAAUUGACUACCCGGGACCCGUCUCCAAACUCUAACGUUAUUAGUCUCCCACACCGAGAACGCACGGGCCACACCAGAAAGUUAGAUGCCAAAAUUUCAGUCACUGUCUUCACCUCACCUCACCUCACCUAGUACUCAUUCACCACACCAACAAACAACAAAAUGUUCAAGGUUCCAGGGUGGUCCGUCUCGGCGGACAAGCUCAAGCCUCAAACAUCGUCGAAUGAUCUCACAAGUAAUUCCGCGCAAGGUCCUUCAGAACCCACAAAGUCGAAAAAACGCAAGAGGCCGGGUCGGAGCCAAGCUGUGACCGCGGACAAUGUCGCCGACCUGUUUGAGAGUGUGAUUGAGGGCAGGAAAGCCGAGGGCUCAAACGCGGAGAAACCGUCCAAGAAGCAGAAGAAGGACAAGAAGCCCAAGCCAGACGUAGCAGAGGGUGCCAAACCGGCGGCGCAAGGUGGAAGCCCAGGACCCUCACCCGCCACCACAACCAAAAUGGAGGAGAAGCCCAAAAAGGACAAGAAGCAGAAGAAGCAGCAGCAGCAGAAGAAGGACGUGGCGGCCCCCGAGGUUGAAGCAGACAAGACCGUCGUCGCGGCCCCAGGACCUCCUCCUCUCCCUCCGGCUCCUGCAAAGCUCACCCCAUUGCAAGCGUCCAUGCGCCAGAAACUGAUCUCUGCCCGAUUCCGCCAUCUGAACGAGACACUCUACACGCGACCCUCGGCGGAGGCUCUCGCUCUCUUCGCCGAAUCGCCAGAAAUGUUCGAUGAGUACCACGAAGGUUUCCGUCGGCAGGUCACUGUCUGGCCCGAGAACCCCGUGGACAGCUUUCUUGGAGACAUCCGCCGACGCGCCAAGGUCAAGCCGCCACGAAAGGGGGAUAAGCCACAGGAGGUUGGGCGUCAGGCCCUGCCAAGAACAGAGGGGAUAUGCACCAUUGCAGACCUAGGUUGUGGCGAUGCAAGACUGGCCGCAGAGCUGCAGAAAGAGAAGAAGAAGCUCAAGGUGCAGAUCAACAGCUACGAUCUCCAGAGCCCGAGUCCGCUGGUCACCAAGGCGGACAUUGCCAACUUGCCCCUCGAAGACGACUCGGUCAACGUGGCCAUCUUCUGCCUCGCGCUGAUGGGCACAAACUGGGUCGACUUUAUCGAGGAGGCAUAUCGCAUCCUGCACUGGAAGGGCGAGUUGUGGGUCGCCGAAAUCAAGAGCCGCUUCGGACCUGUGCGGAACAAGAACGCUCCCGUGACGCACAGCGUGGGCAACCGCAAGAAAAUGGCCAAGAAGGCCAAGGCUGGCGAAGAAGAGGGUGCCGGUUUCGAGAACGAUCUGGCCGUCGAGGUGGAUGGUGAAGAUGACCGACGUAGGGAGACGGACGUGUCGGCGUUUGUCGAGGUGCUGCGCAAGAGAGGUUUUGUUCUCCAAGGGGAGAAGCACCAGGCUAUCGACCUCUCGAACAAGAUGUUUGUCAAAAUGCACUUCACAAAGGGCGCCGCGCCGGUCAAGGGUAAGGGCGUCAAGGCCCAGGAGAAGAGGCCCCUGAAGAAGGGCAUCACGCCAAAGCGUGAUCUCAGCAAGAUGGAUGAGGACGAGAAUGAAGGCGAUGAGGCUACAGUCCUCAAACCUUGUGUCUAUAAGAUUCGAUAGAAAGCUGGAUGUAAGGGGCGGGCUCCAAGUUCCUACUAUAUGUUUAUAGUGCCCCAAGGCGUGGUAAUAUACCCCAGGCAUCUAAUAUGACUGCGCCUUGUACCUUUUCUGCAAUGAGCCAUCCCACAUGCCAUGUUUAUGCUUCUUUGCGCCAGAUGACAACACCCUGAUACCCUUGCCGUCUAUUGAACUCAUAGGUCCAGAUUGUGGUGCGAGGCUUAGCCGAAGAAGAGGAUGCCGGCGGCCAUGUCGACAUUAUCCCCGGAGGCUUGCAACGCCUGAACAGCGCGAGCUCGGUCGGCUCCCAUGGAAAUGAGUGUCUGUACGUGGGCUUCGGUGACACCAGGCUCAGAU